GAUAACGGAACUGUGAGACAUGUUUUCGUAACAGCCCUUCUCAUUAUCGGUGUUUGUAAAGAACAGAGGAAGGGCAAAGAUCUUUCAAACGUAAAUACAACAGAACAAAGACAGUUCUACAAUCAGCUGAUUUUGCUUACGCCAAGUUGUUUACCUUUUUCUUAUUGGCUGUUGCCCUUCAGUCAGUCGAUUCGAUUGGUCGCUGAGUAUCAGUCUAGCAGACAGCAUUUACAAACAUAGUGUUUUUCGCACUUGUACUCCUUGUGGUGUAUUGUAAAUCGUGUUUAGUCGCAUUUAAUUUUCCGCUUUGUGCACGAGUGAAAUAUUAGUAGUUUACGUUUAUGCACGCUAUUCAUAAAUUCGUCGUUAUUACAUUACGAACUUGUUAACUGUCUAUUGAAGUAACAUUAGGGAAUGACACACACAGUGAUCAUCACAUUAUUGUUUUACGUCGCUGUCACGUUGGCCACAGCGCACAGCAUCAGUAAUGAGUCUGUACUGCCUAUAAUUCUUGUUCCUGGGGAUGGAGGAAGUCAACUGGAAGCUAAGUUGCACAAACCUACAGUUGUUCACUAUUUGUGUGAAAAGACGACAAAUGAUUUCUUCAGCUUGUGGUUGAACUUGGAGCUGCUUGUCCCUGUAAUUAUAGACUGUUGGAUAGAUAACAUGAAACUUGUGUACAACAAUCAGACAAGAACAACUUCAAACUCUGAUGGUGUAGAAAUCCGAAUUCCAGGAUUUGGAAAUUCAACUACUGUGGAAUGGAUAGAUCCAAGCAUGGCAUCUGAAGGAGCUUAUUUUAAGGACAUUGCAAACACAUUAGUACCCCUUGGAUAUGAAAGAAAUAUAUCAAUAAGAGGUGCCCCUUAUGAUUUCAGAAAGGCUCCUAACGAAAAUCAACAGUACUUUGUAGAUCUCAAAAAGCUGGUUGAAGAGACAUAUGGAUUAAAUGGAAACAAACAAGUUAUAUUUUUGGCUCAUAGCAUGGGAGCAUUGAUGACAUUGCACUUUCUGCAAAUGCAAACACAGAGUUGGAAAGACAAACAUAUUCGUGCUUUGGUUACUCUUUCUGGGGCUUGGGGAGGCUCACUCAAAGCCUUGAAAGUUUAUAUGGUCGGUGACGACUUAGGAUCGUAUGUGUUGCGUGAAAGUGUGCUGAAAGAAGAACAAAUAACCUCUCCAAGCCUGGCAUGGUUGUUGCCUUCUACACUCUUUUGGCAUCCUAAUGAAAUCUUAGUACAGACAGACAAGAAAAAUUACACAGUUGAAGACUAUAAAGCCUUUUUCAAGGACAUCAGUUAUCCUGUUGCUUGGGAAAUGCGUAAGGAUGUAGAAAAAUACAGCUUGGAAUUUCAAGCUCCAGGUGUAGAAGUUCAUUGCUUACAUGGUUAUGGUGUUAACACCAUUGAGAGGUUGGUGUAUAAACCAGGAGGAUUUCCUAGUGCAUACCCUGACUUCUUAUAUGGUGAUGGUGAUGGAACAGUAAAUAAACGCAGUUUGGAGGGCUGUCUCCAUUGGCAAGGCAAGCAGAAACAAAAAGUAUAUCAUCAGACUUUUCCAGGUGUGGAUCAUAUGAAUGUGUUAAGAGACAUUCGUGUGCUUGGCUAUCUGAAAAGUUUACUCAAUAAAUUAUAGUUUUUGUACCAUAGUGUAGUGUUUUGAAUUUUUUUAUUCUGUUGUAAGUAGAGACAUGAGUAAAUAGUAUUUUGCGGUAUAAAAGUACACCUGAGAUUUCGUGCUGUACAAAAACUUUGAUUGUUGCAAAGAGAACAGGGUUUCCAUUUCUAUCCACAUGUGAACUUACAUAAAAAUCUCAUAAAAAAUAUUCAAACUAUUGUACAUUAGAAAGUGAGCCUGAAGAAAAAUUAACUUGUUAAUGAUUGAUGAAACAGUAAUUUUUGAUAACUUGGUAUUAGAUAUAUAUAUAUAUACAAGAAAAGGAGACAUGGAAUAAAUACAGCAAUGAGGGCUUACCGUAUCUCCAAAGGAAUAAAAACUGAUCUGGCUAGAAACUGGUUGGUGAUUGGGAACAAGGUCAUCAACAUUUUUUUUACAUUCUAGUAGAACUGUUGGCUAGAAAGUACUGAUAGAUGAAAUGACAGAAAUGUAAAAAUAUUAUAGGAAUAUUAAUAUAUUACAAUAUUAGGGACACAAGAGACUGUAAGACGUACAGCAAGAACAGAUUGAACAAAUGCUUAGAGGUCUUGUGACAAGAAAAGUUUCAAAGGAUAGUUGCCAUUCCAGUGAAAGAUACAUUGCUUAAUAUUUGGUCAGUUAAACGUGUAUUCUGGCAUGAUUUCCUGGUGUAUGUGGGUUGUAACACUCCAUCCAACAUCUGCUGCAUAUUGGAUAUAAAUCAUUUUUCAUUUUAUAGCAGUAUGCUCUGUCAUUUCUCUUCUUAACAGAGCUUCAUAUUCUUAUCGCUCAAUGUUGUUGGAAUAAAUUUGCCCACUGUCAAAUGAGAAGUCCUUCAUUCUAGCAACUCAUUCUUUGUAAAGAGAAUAAAGUAGGAAAAUAAUUUCAUAGUGUAAUUCUUGAAUUAAAAGCUUGUUAAAAACUCAGAUCUAUCUGCCUUGUGCCACAAUGGAUACACCAGUGCAGUAUUCUUUAUCUGGAUUCUUCCCCCCCCCCCCUGCCCCCCCCCCCAUUCUUGUGUAUAUUUGUAAAAGUUUUUUGUCAUGAAUUUUCAGAAGUUUUAUGCUGUGGUAUAUUGUUAAAUUUUUGGGGUCAAUUCUAGUGUCCGAUACCACCUGUCGGCUUUGACCAAUGACGUAAUGUGUGAUGUUAUUUUGUUUGUUCCGCAGAUUGCUGUAGAUGAACGUUAAAUGAUUUCUCUGGAUUUCCCCGUUACGCACUUAUAUUAAAAAUUCAAUGUAGAUUGUUUUGUUUUCAUCUCAAAAUUUGUUUUCGGCAUCUUUUGUUAAUGAAAGUAGUCGUGAUUUAUAAGGUCUUAAUUUCUCACUCUGUUCGUUAUGGAUGAGUCAGUUGUUUUUACUGUGAAAAUUCUACUUUAGAAAGUGAGUGACCGUAAAUCAACUAUAAAAUGUUUGCAAUCAUUGGGUGUCACUGCUGAAUUUAGCAAGUGCAGUGUCUGUGGAAAUUACAUGUUUUUGACGAAGGUUGGGUCAUCACAAACUUCCGACAAAUACAUGUGGAAGUCCAGAAAAAAUAACAUAUGGAGAUCCAUAUGCAGGGGGACAUGGUUCGAGAGAUUGAGGCUGAAUUUAGAAGUAAUUGUCAUGUUAACCUAAUAUUUUUGCUAUGAAUAUUCUUGCAAAUCUGCCAUGCACGAAGCAGGGGUUUCGUAUGGCACUGUAGUCGACUGGUUCUCAUUUUGUAGAGAAGUCUGUGGGGAAUUUAUAAAGUAUAGGGGGUCAUUUGGGGGGCCAGGGGUUAUAGUUGAGGUACAAGCCACAUUUUGGAAAGAGAAAGUAUGAAAGGGGGCCCGAGGUUUUUGGGCUUUGGGUUUUUAGAGUAGUAGUUUCUAGAGGAGACUGUGCUGAUGUUGUUGCAUUUAGGGUUGUACCAAAUCAGAAAAAGGAAGUCUUGACUAUCUUUAAUAGAAGAAUAUGUUGAAGAAGUUUCUGUAGUCAUGUCAGACGGGUUUGCUUCAUACAAGGGGUUGGGUGAAAGGACUUAUCAUCAUUUGGUUGUGAAUCACAAUAUUCAAUUUAAAGAUUAUAAGAUGGGGGCAUGUACUAGUACUAUCAAGGGGUAUGGGGGGCUGUAAAAUCUGUUGUCGGACGGUGAAAGAGCAGGAUUUCAGUGUUGCAAGGCCAUUUAGAUGAAUAGUGUUGGAGGAAGAGUAUUCCUAAAGGUUAUUGUUUAUUUCUUGCCUUUAUGAAAGUAGUCAACAAAAUGUACAUGCCUUGAUUUGUUAGUUAGGUGUCGGUGGGUCUGAUACUUUCUUCUUGUUUUACGUUGCGGUUUUUUUUAUUAUUUUUUUUUUUUUUUUUUAACUGUAUUGUGCGAGAGCUACUUUUUUGGUUUCUCUGCAGGGAGGUUUUUCUGUCGUUUUAAUAUUUUCUGUUUACAAUGGUGGGCCGAGGGCUAUUGUUGUGUCUCUGCCGGAGGGUUUAUGUGAUUGACUCGUGGUUUCAUUUCUUUUUGUUAUUUUAAAAUUUUGCAUCUGAUUGAGGGCGGGUAGUUGGGAAGAACUGAUUUGGGUGGUACCUCAUUUGUGCCUGGCAGUUUGCGUUUCUUAUUAUUUUUUUUUCGUUAGUUAUUCUGGAUUUUUCUUCUUUCAUUACAGUUUGACCUUCUAACAAUAUUAUUUCUUGUUAUGUCCUUAUUUCGUUAUUGUCAGCCUUGAUCUUUGACUCCUUAUGAAGUUCAUAUGCGGUAAGUUUCUUUUUAUGAAGCCACUUUUAUGUUUUCUUUUUCGAUGUUUUUGCUAUACUGCUCUUAAUUUUACUUUCGUUCCUGAUGUAUCAGUUUUACUGAGUGUUAUUUUGGCAUUACUGUACCUGGUGUGACUUUCGUGUAGUGUAGGUAUCGAUUCCAAGGUUUGGUCAUUUUUGCAUUUUAUUUCUUUGCGUGUGCAGUGACGUGUGUAAAGAUUUUCAUUUCUUGAAAGUCUAGUCAUAUUCUGUAGUUCACUAAGAAGAUCAUUUUUUAAGCAUGUUUCUAAUACGUUUUAAGAUUUUUGUGUAACAAACAGUAAUAUUGGAAUCGGUAACUAGAAAUGACCUACAUAGGUUGCUUGUAGUUACUGAUUCCAACUAUUCGACAGUUCAUUAUUUAGAUCGUUUUUGCAGUAUGUGUGGCAAAUAUAAUGUAAUAUAUGCACUCAUAAUUGCACUCAUGUUCUUAUUUAUUUCAGUCAUCUUCAACUCGUUUAAAUGAAAUUUGCUUGUAAAUAGUCGUGUUAAAUGUAUUAUUUUAUGGGAUGCUACAUUCGUCGUUUUACGAGUAUGAUCCGUUCCAUUCAUAGAUUGUCCAUUGCAGCAUCUUUGCCUUACGUAUGACGUCAUUGGUCGAAGCCGACGGGUGGUAUCAGACACUAGAAUUUAUCCAAUUUUUGUAAGUUUAUAGACACAGUUUGUAGAAAGUAUAAGGAUUAUAAUAAUAUGUAAGCAUUCUUUUAAUAGUACAAGGAGAAGAAGAUUGCAUAGAAUCCUAGAAACUUCGCAGUUUCAUUGUAUAAAACAGCUUAUAAGGUGGUUAAUUUCUCGUGGUUAUAAUGUGUUUAUUGUUUAUAAUAUGUAAUGGUAAUUUAUUGAUAAUUUAUUGAAUAUGUAAAAAUCAUAUAUGAGUAUGGAAUUUUGUAUGUUAAAUGACUGUAGGUCAUGAUGGAACCUGUUGACUUGGCUUGUGAGAAUAUUACAUGACAGAAACAGUCUUUUCAUAGAGAUGUUUAUACAUUUGUUUUGUAAAAAAAAUUUAAAAACUGAGAAGACCAAUUUUUAAAAAAAGUGGACUGUGUAAUACUUUGUUUCUGAAAAGAUAAAUUUAUUUUCAUAAUGUGUAGUUAUUUAUUGUAAUUGAACACUGUGUGUUUAUGUAUUGAUUGUUGAAUGUACUCUAAUAGGUGUGUACUUAAAUCAAAGAGCUGUUUUGGAUUACAACUUUUUAAUGACCCAAAUUUCUGGCUAGGUCAGUGGGUUGGCUAAUAACAGUUUUAACUGUGUGUGAUGUCAUUUUUCAAUGAACAUUCUAUUAUUAUAUUGUCAUGACAUUGUAGGUUAUAGAUUUUCCAUGUCCCCUGUAUAGGGUAUAGUUUGUUAAAGUAAAUUUUAGUAAGACAUUGUAAGUUUUCAGUAAUGUUUAUUAAUUCAAAUAGUCAUAAUUUGUUUAGUGGAUCAACAGAUUUUGACUUGUCAGUUUCAGUAGCCAAGUAAUGAUUCUUGAUCUAAGGUGGUGUAAAAAUAUACCAAGGUCACUGUUUGUGUGAGGCACCUACCAGUAAACUACAUAUUUUGAUGCAGCCUUAGGCCAAGAAUCAUUCAUGUGCUAUUGAAACUGAUUGAUUAGUUGAAACUGGUCUUGCCGCAGCAGUACUUUAUGUGAGUAAACUGUACUGUUAAAAAGAAAUGUAAUUGCUGUUAGUCUCUGCUGUUAACAUGGCAAACAUGAACAAUCUCAUUUAUGUUGUAGAUUUAUCUUGCUGAGGGAGGUAAAGUAAUGUCAAUGAAUUUUUAGUAUAUGAAAGUAAUCUGAGGUUCCCUAAAACUUCACAUUUAUUUAUAUAUAUUAUGUAAAUUAUUGGGUAAUAUCUGACAAUACAUGCCUGAAAUUUAAAGUUAGUGAAAUUAGCAGGUGAGAAAUAUGAAUGGUAUUGGUUUGUAUUGGUUGAAUGUUUCCAGAACCUAUGCAGUUUUUGAGGAUUUACUGUGUAUUUAAAAUACAUUUAUCUUAAAAAUUGAAGAUAUUAAUCUUUUUAUCAUUAAUUUCUUGUUUGACUGGAAACUUUUAUACUCUAAGUAAUACUGUUUUCCUUCUAUUGAAGUAAUGGUACGCUUAGUAAUUGUAAGAAGAUUAAACUGUGUAACAGUGAACAUAGGAUCUUCUCAGGCAGCAUUUGACCCAUACCAUACUAUCUUCAUUUACUGUCAUUGAGGAGCUUGGUAGCCAUUGAAACAUCUUCUCCAACAGAGAUAUUUGGAUCACCCCACUUCUCCAAUUAGGAUCCCUUCUUGUUGAUUUGUACUGUACUUAUAAGAGGGUACUUGCUUAACACAACUCCUCUCCCAAGUAGAAGCUUACCAGACUGCUCCUGGACUCUAUAAGUUUAAUAUGAUAAACUCUUACACAAAGGUUUUCAUCAUAGAAGUUUAAUAUGAUAAACUCUUACAUAACAGUUUUCAUCAGAUGUGUUACAAAUGUCUGUUCUUUUAGAAGCAGUCUUGGGCUGCUACUGAAGAUUUAAGACAGACCAUGUUAGUAAUUUACAGCAGUAAGUUUCUUACCAGUAUAAACACAUCAUCUCUUAAUUACACUGACCAAAAGCUGACUGCUGCUCUCCUAUUAUCCCACAUCUUUCAGUGAUUCUUGCACUUUGGUUUACUAGACAAUUUGACAAGGACAGUGUGCAGUAGCCUAUAAAUUGUUGUUUUUUUUUUUUCAAGAGAAAAGAAAAUACUUGUCCUGAGUUCACCAUGGUUUCUAACUUGGAAAUAUGUAAAGAACUUGCUAGUGAAUAUUGUAACUAUCUAAUGUAAAUGGUAGUCCCACAUUUGCUGAAAAGUAAUGUUUUUUUCUUUUUUUCCAACUCUUCGUCAAACCAGCCUCUGCAAAAAUGGUGUUUGUCAUCACUUUUUAAUCACUAGGAUAUACACGUUUUAGGUUAUAUAAACAUAUUAUUGUCCUAAAAUGUCUACUAUCAUAAAAAUUUCUCUAUAGGCAUAUGUUUACUUUUCCUCUGCCCUCCACUCAUACACACGUAGAAAGGUCUUCCAUAUAUUCUUGUGUUCUGCUUGUCUUCCAUUAGACAAAAUGGAAAGGCCAUAUAUUUUAAAUUUCUUAGCUUCCCCUGCAUGCCAUUCUCAUCUUUAUACAAUACCAGUGUUGUUAUAGAAUGUCUUUAAAUUGAUUGUUGUUCUUAGAGCUCUACCUCAAUUUAGAAUGUUACCAUUAACUAGCUAGUCUUAUCCACCUUAUGUGAUGUAUUAAGUGAAGUACUUCUUGCAUUUUGUGUGCUGCAAAUGUGUUAAUAAUUUUGUAUUUUAGUUUGUUCCUGCAUUGUUAUUGUAUUGUCAGGUUAAAUUAUUGCUCCUAAAUUGAGAUUUAUAUUCUUGUACUUUAUUUAUUUGUUCUAAUUGGUUGGUUUGUUGAUAGUGUUUGUGAUUUAUUAACUGUUACUUUUGAUGUAGUGUGUACUCCCUAAUAAAAUGUAGGUAAGAUGGCAGAUUUUCUUAUUUUAAUAAGUGUUUGUCAUCUGCAGCUAUUCCAAAAGCAAGUGGUCGGUACAUAUUCUGAUUUAAUAGAUUAAUGAUCAGUGAGCUUAAAUUAGCGAGUGGAAUAACAGAAUUGCAAUAUCUAUGUUCAAAGUGACUACUCAAAUGACUACCGAUAAACUUGUAGUUUCAAUAUUAAGAUGGCUGUGUUUUUUGAAAAUUUAUAUAUUAGUUUACAGCAUUGUAUUCGUUUGUUACAUAUUUCAUUGAUUAAAAACAGAUAUUUUGUUCAUUAGUCAGUCUUUGUUUGCCACAAACCACGUACAUUUAGUUUCUCAUGUGUGUGUUUCCUUUUAGACAAGGAAAAUCAAUGAACUGUGAUAUAAUUCAAUUGUAUU